AUGAACUCGCCAGACCCCGGAUCACCCACCUCUACGGACUCGAACUCGUCUGGCUCACCCCCGCCCGAUGAUUUCCAACUCUCUUCCCAGCCGGUUCAGAUGAUGAGCGGCGGUCCUGCCGGCCCAUCGUCAUCGAAGCGUCGCCUGCACGACGGCGGCGCCCCUCGCAGAGAUCCUAAGAGUAGGCGACGGGAAGAUGCGAUGGGGGGGCCCGCAUCUCGCUUCAAGGAGGGGCAUGGCAUGCGCAAGGACAAGGAAGAGCUGGUUGACACCGGUCUGGCUGAGCAGCUGAAGAAGGAGUUCGGCGAUCCGUUCCAAGAAGCGCAUAUCAAGAGUCUUAGUUAA